AGGGCCAGAAGUCAUGCGCAUGUUCAGAAAUCUGAGAGGUACUAGAGGGCGCAGCAGAUUCUAGGAUAUUAUUUUCAAAUAUUUUCGUUGCCGCCGACGGCCGCAUCUCCGGGCCUCCGUAUAGGCAGGAAGACAUGAUUCCGUUGCAGUGGCAUCCCUGAAAACGCUGCCGUUGAUUGGGCAAUACAAAUGUCUAGUCAUUCGGUGAGCCCCCAGUGCUCUCACUGACACUCGCACCACAGUUCAAUGGAGGAACGGCCCAACGAAGGGGCACUCGGGAGAUAUUCUAAUCAUGGAGAAGCGGAAAACAACCCUGAUCGAUUGAACAAAUUGGUGAAUAAUGAUCAGUGCCACGGCCAGCACCAGGACGAGGAAACGUCGACGAAGAAAACUGGUUAUGGGAAAGUAAACGGAGUCACUAGGGAGGGAGAGCAGAUUGCCACUGCCUUGAAUCCAAACAGCAUCCAUCAUCCUAUACACAGCGGCCAUGACGACAGACACCCCUUGAAACCCAGACCUUCCUCAAAGACGGCUGCUUUCCACGGGGCAGUGGAACGUAGAGGAGGAGAAGGCGGCAGCAGUGGUGACCCCAAUAGCAACAUGGACUGUCCGAAUGACCGCCCACCUGACUUUAAAACGCUGGAGGUUAAGAAGGAGGCUCUAGUAUCACUCAAUGGCAUUGUGGCCUCUUGUACCAGUUCCAGCCAACUCUCCAAUGGUUAUCCUGGGAAACUAGGGGCCCUGACGGACAACGACGGUAGCGGAUCAGAGAACGGCUACACCACACCCAAGAAGCGUCGGAACGGUCAGCGAAGUGCCAAAACUGCAGCCGGGGACCUUGUGAUCGUGGCACAGACUGCAAAGGCCAUGCAUCCGACUGCAGGCAAGCAGCAGCCAGAACCGCCUCUUUCUGUCGAGUCUGCCGACAAACACCCAUCCUCUGUGGGGAGCGGCAAUGGCAGGAUUCGAGAAACACCAGUCACCCCCUCGGCUCCUGUCCUUCCCCCUGGCGAGUUUCCGCGGAAGAACUCUGAAAACAAGGCAGCUGGUAAAAAAUUUGAGGAGCGACCCGUCAAAGCCAAGGUGGUCACUGCUGCCGCUUCUGCUGCGGCUAAAGACGACUCGUGGUCGUUGUUCAAGCCACCACCAGUCUUUCCUGUGGACAACAGCAGUGCUAAGAUAGUGCCUAAGAUUAGUUAUGCAAGCAAAGUGAAGGAGAACCUCAACCGGGCCUCAGCCCAAGCAUGCUCAGCUGCUGAGAGGGACCCACUCCUUCCUCCCCCAACCCCGCAGAUGCCGGGCAAACUCUCACAGGUGCCCAUGUCUGCUGUGAAGACCAUCACCUCUACCAGCUUUACUAAUGGCCCUCUACCGUCAGCAGAGGGCAGCAACAAUGGCUGCCCCCUACCUGGUGCUCCCUUUAACACCCCUGCUGCUUCUGGUACUGCGUCCAUGCUAGUCUCUCCCAUCCAGGCAGGUGAGAAUGUAGCAUCCCCCUCAUCCACCCCUGGCAUGGGCGGCAUAUCUGUGGUGGCGGAGCCCCGGAAGCCCAACCUUUUUGUUUACCCGCAUGCCGCCGGACCCCCGUCUAAUAUGCAACUGUCGCUCCCCAGCGGCCGCCAAGCUGACCCGGCACCCACUUCCUCCUCCUCCUCCAUUGCGUCAGGACCUGCCUCUAACCCCGCUUCCACUGCACCAACACAUCAGAAGUCUCUGGGGGAAAUCUUUCAGAAUCAGUGGGGGUUGUCUUUCAUCAAUGAGCCCAGUGCUGGACCUGACAGCGGGAGCAGUGCUGGUGGCGCCGACGCUGCCAGCCGGACAGAGGGUAGGGCCAAGCCCACGGUGGUGACCUUCCAAGGGGGGUUCCCCUCCGGUCCUCUGCCUCCACAGGGCUCCACCACUUCUCCUCAUAGACAGGAGCACCCCCCUUUCCCCAAGGCCUAUGAGCUGGACAAGCGGACUAGCCCCCUCUCUUCCAGCAGAGUGGUCACCCUCCGCUCCUCUCCCGGGCCUCUGGCUCAGGAGGGAGGCUUGCUGCAGACCCCAUCCCUUCCCUCUGGAGCCCCUAAAGAUGAGCCCAGGAACCUCAGUGCAAUAGUGUUCAGCUCUUCCUCUGCUAAGGACCUGGGGAUAGAUCUGCUUCAGGCUUCCCCAACAAACACUGCCCCUGUGCUGGCCUUGGCCAGAGAGCAGGGCCAUACUAAGGGCUUUGAGCGGAGAUCUAGCUGGGGGAUGUUUGAUUUAAAAGCUGCUGUAAUUUAUCACACUAAAGAAAUGGAAUAUAUUCUGAAUUUACAAAAACAAGAUCCAAAAAGAGUCGUCCUCUACAGAGACACAAAGGACAGACCUAACCAGUGAAGUGACAACCUGGAGAACACUAAACGUCUUCAGCUGGCAGAAAUGAAACGAAACGAAACAAAAAAAAAAAAAAAAAAACAUCAACAACAAAGAGGAGUAUGUGCUGUGUGAAAUGAACACGGCUGCUCUUGCUAAACAAAAAAACAUUGUUGAUUUUUGAGCUGAAUCUUGAGAGUGUGAUGGAGAAGUUGUGUGGGAAGCUUGUCAACACAAACCCAAGUGUGGUUAGUCAGCAAUAGCAAAAUGUGUGGGGGAAAGCCUGGAUGGCUGUGUGGGGAGUCUGAGGGGUUAAGGAGGCAGCCGGAAGAAACUGCGAGACAAUCUUAGAAAUGGAUGACUUGAGUCGUGAACUGUGGCGCGGUUGUUCCUCCUUGACCUCCUCAACAAAGCUUGAUAAAAGUGGUCAGAAAUGCUGUCUGUUGUCAGUGGAGAAGCAGUCAGAUGAGACUGUGGAUGGUGUGUCCUUGAUUUCAAAGAACAAAACUACUACAACAACAACAACAACAAAAAACACACUCUGGACAACCCUUAAACAAACACACAUGCACAUAAACACUUUCUGAACAACAACAACAACAAAAAAAUACCGUUAUGGUCAAGGCGCUAUGUUGAAGCCACUGAGUUUCAUAAACUGGAGGAAAUGCGUCAGACUCCUUCUUUCACUCCUUCCUCUGAAGGGAAGAGCAGUUGCAGUCCUUCUUUAGAUGCCUCUAUUUUUGAUUUUUUUUUCUGUGCGAAUUCAGACCGGUCAGAAGACUUCUGAACAGUUUGGACACGUCCUGGAAUUCAUGCAGACGUAAAAAAAAAAAAAAAAACUGGGAGACGUGAGUGUCUCAAAUGACUGCCCUCAUGACUUUUGAACGGGAGGGAAAGAGAGAGAAAACACUGACAUCAGAGGGAAUUUGUGUCUUGCUCGAGAUUCAGGUUAAUCUGAGAAAAACGGAUACUGUUUAGAUGUGUUGGGGCGACAACAAAUUACACUAAGCCUUGUGGGCGCAAAUAAUUGUCUUAAUGUUAGUUUUUGAUUAAGAUGGGGGUCCUACAUUUGUUGGUGAACACAUAACUGAAGUUUUUAUGUUUUGUUUUAUUUGUUCGUUAGCUUGCCUGUUGUUUCUGUUCCGUGGACAAGGAGAACAUUCUUGGAUAUCCAUAAAGCACGACAGAUCAAAGUCCAAAUUGGACCCCCAUCCCCUCCCAGGUCUCCUUUGUGGGCAAGCACAGUGUCACAGGCAUUCUCCCAUUGGACAGAUCUCAAAGUGCUAUUGUUUCAGUUGUCUUAUCAAUCCCUCUGAUACCACCAGACAGGUGUUGCCGCUGCACAAUAUGUAGCUGUGGUAACCGUGGCAAAGCCUAUGCUGUUUUAUCUGUGUGUGUGUGUGUGUUUUUUUUCCUUCUAUGCGGGAUUCUUGACUUAACUUCACGUUGUUUUUAUGGACUGUUUGCUCCUCCUAAAAUCAGAAUCGAUUUGAUGCUGUGUCGUAUGUUCAUAAUUUUGUUUACCCCAAUGCUCAGAAGGUUGUACUUCCUACGUUUUUUUUUUUUUUGUUUGUUAGGCUGUGUCUUUCGUUUUUGUAUGUCCCUCAUUAUAUGCAGAAUUUACUGUUUCUUUCCUGGUCUAAUAGAGCUGCUGCUUAGUCUCAGUUGCUUCUAUAUAUUUCUUUUCUGCAAGUAAUUUUGCACAGAGUGAGCAGCAGCUACUACUGUUGAGUUUAGGGAGGGUUAGAGCAUUAGAUCAGGAUCUACUCUUUCUAAAGCCUGAGGUUGGCAGUGUGUGUUUGUAUGUGUGGGGAAGGGUGUUUCUUCGGAAGCCUUAGUUCCUGUGUUCAGCCUGCUGUUGGGGUGUUUAUCACAGUAGACAGGGCUUUAUUUUUGUCACCCAUCUUUAUGGCCGGUGUAUCCUAGGUUGACUGUAUGCUCCUCCCCCUUCCCUCUGCUGUCCUCAUAGGAUAGGUUAAUGUUCAAAGGUCUUCCCUAUUGGAAAAAGAGAGGAGAGAGAAAAAUUAGUUCAGUAUUUCUUGCUGUUAAGUAAUAUCAAAGAACGAAUACUAAAAAUGUAUCUUUCUCUGUCUUUCUCUCCCUCCCUUACCCAUUAAGUUAAUUGAGUAUAAGAAAUUAUUAGCACUUUAUCUAAUCUUUAACUUCAGUUGCCGUUUUAAAGUAGACAUAUCACUACAUGACGGAAAGAUUUCUAGAGAAUAAAAUAUACUAACUUAACAGUAGCCUCUGGCUGUCUGUGCUUUAACGCAUAUAAACGUAAAAAAUCGGUCACUCAGGUAGGCUUAGGACUUAAUUGUAAUUUAACUUAAUUUACCACCAGUGUUAUUGACCAAACUGAAGACAAGAUUGACAAAGCCUCUCCUUUACUGUGUCUUCUUCCUUGUGUCCACCUGCACCUGCUCGAGGCCAAGCCCUUUAUGCCCCAUCAUUUAGAGUCGGAGAGGCAGAGCGGGGUUUAGGUUUCUCUCUGUGUCACAGUUUUACAUGGCUAUGUUGGGAGAGAAGACAUAUGGGCUGUUUUUGUUAUUUUUAGUUUACUCUUAUUUUCAAUGGUUUAAUCCUCAAGGUGUCUCGAUGAUGUUUGUGUCUCAGUACUCGACGUCUGUGAAACCAGGGUGGAGAGGUGAAUUGAAACCUGAUAAUCCAUACUAUUUUAGCUGUUCAAAGGUUGUGUGUUUUUUUUUUUUUUUUUUUUUUUUUUUAAAUGGCCUCACCAACACUGUGUUGAGUUCUCCCACUUUUUGAGCCUCAGCCUCCUCCAGUGACCCAUCUGGCCUUGUUUGACGUAGUCAAGUUGGGUCUGAUCAUAUGUGUAUUCCAUGUUGGUCAUGCUGGUUUCAGACAAGGGUGAAGCCUUACCUCAAGUAAACCGUCUGAUUUUAGAAUUUUUCAUUUGUAUCAACAUAUUUUAGUGUUGGUUUCAAGCAUCACAAUAAAAGUGUCUUUAGUUACCAUUAUGUGAAACCGUUUUAAACUUCUAGACUUCGAUAAAGCUUGACUCGCAUCCAGGAAGGAGGCCCUUGUCAGUUUUCAGUCGUGCACCACAUGAUCCAGUCACAUGAUCUAGUAAUUUGUAUCUGUUUCCAGGGAGUUCAUCAGUAGUUCACUGCUGUUACUUUUGUUUCCUGAUGCGCUGUUGUAGGCAAUCUAAUUUUCAGACAAAGGGAUUUCAACCUGUUUCUUGUCACAUUUUCGCCAUCAGUAAAUGCACCAUUUUAAGUAGCAUGACAUUGCAAUUCUUUGUUUUAUUUAAUGCUUUUGUUUUUCAUUUUUGUAAUAACUUCAGCUUUUUUCCUCAUUUUAAACUGAAAACUAACGUCCAAAGAGCUGUUCCAUGCUGUGUAGAGAAAGUUCUUCUCAAUUUGUUUUGUUCUUCUCUUUUGAGACAUACCGGUUGUUUCAAAUUUUAAACCUGUCUUAACAGCUUCUGUCAAAGCAGGAAUCAACACCUUGGUUGUAGUGUUAAUUUACUUUGUGCAAGGUUCUAUCAGAUAUAACUGCAUUCUCUUAGAAUCAUGCAAAAUGAGACAGUCGUCUCAUUAAUGUUCUCUUUCUUUUUGUUGUUGGAAAAACAAUGCCUAAAAAUGGACCUGAGGACAGAAAUAACAGCUUAUAAGAUGGACUUGCACCUCAAAAAAAAAAAAAAAAAAAACUCAUUCAUCUGACACUGUCACAAAAGACUCUAAUUUUGUGCAUACCUAUAUGAGAAAAAACCUCUGCCUGGCCCCUCAUGCCCUUUUAUAUGUAUGUCACUUUAGAACUAAAUGAGUGGGGAAACUCUGGACCUCUUGAGAUUGGUGGGUUCCUCGAGGGGCCUUCCUCUUCCGUGCCCAGACACAUUGACUUUGUGCGCAGAGCAGUUUACAAUCAAAGAAUUGGUGGAGUUCAAAGAUGUGACUGUGGUGCGUAGCCGUGCUUAAUGCGAACAGGCCAGUAAGCAGAGACUCUUUUGGAACAGCCAGAUUCUCAGUCAUAUGGUAUGUGCCACAGUCUUGUGUUUGAAACUUUCCCAAAGUGUGCUGCUUGGGGAUCAUAGAUCUGAAACCUAUGUGAUUUCGUCCAAUCCCUCCCAAUCUCCCAGGCCAAAAAAAAAAAAAAAAGCAAAAACAAAUAAAAGCACUUGUUCGAUUAGUAUUCAUUGUGAACGCUAAUCUGGUGACAUUACUUCCUGCUUUCAUCAUCUGGACUGUAGUGUAGUUUGUUGCUGAGCUGUUGUGUCAUCCCAGAAUAGUGGAGAGAAGGGCGCAUGAUCGGAAUUGGACUGGGAACGUGGCUGAUAAAAGUGCUUGUUCACCUGCAUUUAACACCAGAGUCCUAACAUGCUCGCCUGGAUAUUUUCUCCGUCCUAUUCUAGGAUUAAACCCCUGGUCUUGGUUUCCUGUUUCGCUGGGGCCUUCAGCUCUGCAAGUGAAUAAAUGAGUGUGUGUGUGUUUAUGUGUGUUUGUCUGUGUGUUAGUGAGGGCCAGUGUCUUCAUUCUUGCUCACAAUGUUAUGCAAAGUGUAAUGUUUGAGAAUUGUCAAAAAAGGAAAAAAAAAUAUAUAAAAAAAUAAAAGAUUCAGGGUGCCUGUGCUGAAAAGAAAUUUGAAAUGGGAAUCACUUGAUAAUCAUCCAAACAUGUAUGAAUAACUUUCUUGCAUUUUUUUCCCCUUAUCUCCCCACUCUUAAAUUUUGUGCCAUGUUUUGACUGUUAAAACAUUUUAAUUAAAAUCUCAUCUUCGUGUCA